UGAGAAAGGGGUAGGAAGGAAUGGGUGCUUAAAGGAGAGCUUUAGGAAGCAAGGGAGAAAGAAAGCGAAGGAGUGUGUAACGAGGAUCCAAGUGCCGUGAUGUGAUUUGCGGGGAGAAGGUGUUGGCGUGGAAGCAAGCGGUCAGAGAAAACGCAGCAAAACUCACAAGUGGACACGGAGGGCUGGACUCGAUGGCGGAGGUUGUGGAGAGCGGCGGCGCUGGGAUCGGCGGGACUGACAGCGUCGACUGGCAGAAACGAUGUGUCACCCUGGAGAUGCAGCUGCUGAAGUUCCGUCUGCAGGCCGGGAAGAUCCGGGAGCUGCUGGCGGAGAAGAUGCAGGAGCUGGAGCAGAGGGUGACAGAGGCCGACCAGAGGGCAGAGAAUGCUGAAAAGCAGGUACAUGUAAUGGAGGAGAAGCUGAAAUCAGCAAAUGUGCAGCCUAGCGAAUCAGAAAACUCUUUGUAUAGAAGGUACCAAGAGCUGACUAAUCAAGUGGAAGAAAAGGAUACAGUGAUAAAGAGGCUGGAGCUUCAGUUGGAGAAACAGAAUGUGGCCCGAGCCCAGGAGGCAAAAAUCAUUGAAGAGAAAGCAGCCAAGAUUAAAGAGUGGGUCACCCUUAAAUUCAGAGAGAUGGAGAUGGAGAACCAGCAGUUGAAGAUGGCAAAUCUAAAGCAAGCAGAACAGAUCCUGGUGCUCCAAGACAAACUGCAAGCUCUGUUAGAGUGCCCUGCAUCUCCAGGAACCCCAAUGUCUCCUCCUGCUGACUGUCACCUGGUUCCCUGCAGCCCAGUUUACCCCCCAAGUAGUCCCGGUUCCCCAAGCCCCCUAGAGGAGAGCUGGAGACAGCCCAGCCCCCGCCAGCCCCCAUCUCUAAACAUCAGCAGCUCAGGGACUGAGGCCAUCUGUGGGCUGGAGACAGCAGAGGCUCUGACUCCCAGCAGGCUGCACCCAGAGAUGGGCAGGGGCAGGCCGGAGGCAGGGGCAUCGCAGAGAUCAGACAGGGACCACUCCUCUGACGAGCUCAACAGCAAGUUCCGCUCUCAGCGCCUACAUUCUUCCUCCUCCUCCAGUGAAACCACGCCCCCCAGCCCACCAGGAACACCCACUCUUACCCCAAAAAGCCCACCCCCGUCCCAGUCCCCUCCCACCCUCCCCUCAGCACCGCUCGCCUUCCCUUCGGGCACCAGCAUGACCCUUCCGAAAGUGCGGACGCCCCUCACUCCCCGGGACAGCAUCCAGCUGGUGAAGAAGCACUACAGCCAGCCGCAGCCUGGGCUGGAGAGGCUGCACCACAUCAACGUCAGCAUCGACAUCGGCUCCCCGCCUUUGCUCCGCCCCUGCUGCUCUACAGCCUCCCCGGCCCCCCUGCAAGUGGAGGAGACCGACAUCGAUGAGAUGCCCGACACCAUGGAGGUGGUGGAGGAGAGCGAUGGAGGCGGGACGCCCUACGACAGGGUCUCCUUCGUUGGACUCCCGGAAGAACUGGAGUUCCUGGACCCGGACAUCCUGAAACCACCCACCCCUCCCUUGCAUCGCUUCCCUUCCUGGGAGAGCCGCAUUUACGCUGUUGCCAAGUCUGGCAUGAGGGUGUCAGAGGCGACCCCUGGAACAUGGUCCCCAAAUCGAGUCUCCAGUCUGCCCCUAUACCCAGCUGCUGGCCCAUUCACACACCUGAUCUACAAGAAUGUCAGUGUGCCAGUCUACACCACACUCAAAGGGAAAGCCACCCAGAUCAGCACUGUGCCCCUCCCUGAUGAAGACUCUGGGUCUGAAGAUGACAGUGGCUCGCUUGCCAGUCUGCGCACCUCCACAGUGGGGCAGGACGGUAAAAAGGGCAGCACCCCAGGGAGCCCACGUGCUGUGAAAAGAGGCAUGUCCAUGUCCUCCAUCAGCUCAGAGAGUGACUACGCCAUCCCGCCUGAUGCGUACUCCCUGGACAGUGACUACUCAGAGCCUGAACACAAAGUCCAGCGCACCUCCUCCUACUCCUGCGAGAGUACCGGCCCUGGCAGCGGCCCUGAGACCCUGGAGAAGUCGGGGUACUUGCUGAAAAUGGGGAGCCAAGUGAAGGCCUGGAAGCGACGCUGGUUCAUCCUGAGAAAUGGAGAGAUCCUCUACUACAAAUCUCCUAGUGACGUGAUCCGGAAGCCCCAGGGUCAGAUGGAGCUGAACUCCUCAUGUCGGAUUGUGCGUGGGGAAGGAGCACAGACUUUCCAGCUGAUUACAGAGAAGAAAACUUUCUACUUGACUGCUGAUUCUCCCAACAUUCUAGAAGAAUGGAUCAGGGUUCUACAAAACAUUCUCAAGGUCCAAGCCACCAGUCCUAUCGCAGCAGAGACCACAGCUAAACCCACAGUGCGAGGCUGGCUAACUAAGGUGAAGCAUGGACACUCCAAAUUGGUAUGGUGCGCCCUGAUUGGCAAGGUGUUCCACUACUACCGUAACCAGGAUGACAAGUUUGCACUGGGGCAGCUGCGCAUGCGGGAAGCAGGGGUGGAGGAAGUGGACCGGUCAUGUGACUCUGACGAAGACUACGAAGCAGGGGGGCGGGGCUUCUUGUCUUCUCACUACACUCUGGUGGUUCACCCCAAGGAGCAAAGCCCCACCUACCUUCUCAUUGGGACUAAGCAGGAGAAGGACACCUGGCUUUACCAUCUGACUGUGGCAGCGGGCAGCAAUGCCAGCCUCAACGUGGGCACUGAGUAUGAGCAGCUCAUUGGGAAACUGCUGGACGUGGAUGGAGAUCCAGACUCUGUGCUGUGGAAGAGUGCCCCCUUGUGUUUCAGUAAAGAGGGUCUACACUCACCACUGACCACCCUUCCCUCAGAAGCACUGCAGACAGAGGCCCUGAAGCUGUUCAAGUCAUGUCAGCUGUUCAUCAAUGUCCUGGUGGAGUCGCCUUCCAUCGACUACCAUGUGUCCCUGGCCCAGAAUGCACUGCAGGUGUGCUUGACACACCCUGAGCUGCAGAAUGAGAUGUACUGUCAACUGAUUAAACAGACCAGCUGUAGGACACCUCACAACUAUUCACUUACACAGGGCUGGCAGCUUCUGUCAGUGUGUGUGGCCCUCUUCCUGCCACAGCACCGCUUCCUGUGGUACCUAAGGCAAUACCUGCAGCGCCAUGCUGACCCAAGAAGCGAGGUGGGGAAGUAUGCGGUGUACUGUCAGAGGUCUGUGGAGAGGACACUACAGAACGGUGAGAGGGAGGCCAAGCCUUCCCGCAUGGAGAUCCUGUCCAUCCUGCUGAGGAACCCCUACCACCACUCCCUGCCUUUCAGCAUUCCUGUGCACUUCAUGAAUAACACCUACCAGGUGGUGGGGUUCGAUGGAUCCACCACUGUGGAGGAGUUUCUGAACACUCUGAACCAGAAGGCGGGGAUGAGGAAGCCACUUGUCUCAGGGUUCGCCCUCUUCACCGAUGACCCCUCUGGGAAGGACCUUGAGCACUGUCUGCAGUCCAGCGUUAAGAUCUGUGAUGUAAUCUCAAAAUGGGAGCAAGCCCUGAAAGAACUGCACCCUGGAAAAUAUGAGGGAACCCGUAUCGUUCGCCUAACCUACAAGAGCCGGCUGUGUUUCCGAGCUCAGGUAAAGGGUGAGACUGAGCGGGAGCGCCUCCUGCUGGCUUAUCAGGUGAAUGAUGAGGUCCUGAAAGGUCACUUCCCCGUCAACAAGGAACUGGCCCUGGAGGUGGCAGCCCUCAUGGCUCAGGUGGAGUACGGUGAUCUGGAUCGUUCUGCUUCUUCCAGCCCUAGUAGCUCCUUUCAACCCAAGGUCCAGCAGAUCCUGCUGCAGGUUCUUGAGCGGUUUUACCCCAAACGCUACAAACAGGACUGUAACCUGGAUCAGCUCAGGGACCUUAUGGAACGUCUGGCCACGAAGUGGACGGUCCUACGUGGGUGCAGCAUAUCUGAGUGUGUGAGGAUCUACUUGACAGUCGCACGCAAGUGGCCUCUGUUUGGGGCCAAGCUCUUCAGCGCCAAGCCAGUCCCACCAUCCAGUAUGGAGGAGACCCAGCUGUGGCUGGCAGUCAAUGAGGAUGGACUGAGUGUGCUGGAGUACAACACCAUGCACGUGUUGGUGACUUACCCCUACCACUCAGUGAUCACCUUUGGUGGUUGCUGUGAUGACUUCAUGGUGGUAGUAAGCCAAACGAAGGAGCAGGGCUUGGGGAAGAGGACUGUGGACAAGCUGGUCUUUUCCAUGGCCAAACCCAAGAUCCUAGAACUGACGCUCCUGAUGGCUAGUUACAUUAACUACUGGGCCUCCACCGUCCCACCCUGUGGCACUCAGUCUCCGAGCCCCUGCACACCAGUGAGAGCCCGAGGAGACAGGAAGUUGUGGGACAUUGACAGCAGGCACUUCCCUUCCAUGACACGUACCACCAAGGGCCCCACACUACUGUGA